AUGGCUAUGAAUCGAGCAGCUUCUAGUAGUAGGAUAUGCUACUCAAAUGAUAACGAAAAUGAAAUUCCAAAGCUUCCAAAGAUAAUAACAGGAGGAAGCAGUGAGUCGAGUAACAUAAGAUUGCCAGCGAUCAGAGACCUUCUGCGAGAAGUUGAAAUACCAAAUGAUACCUCUUCUCCCCUUUCCACCGAGGAUGUGCGACUAUCUUUCACCAAGAAUCAGCGAUAUGUGAAUUCCCUAAAAGGGCAUUUUGAAGGACUCUUGCGUUUAAGUGGUAACCAUCUACAGCCAGUGCGCAAUGAGCGUGCGUUAUCCUCGGCGAGUGCUACGCCGAGUUCUGUGCCGCCACAAUUCUGUUUUUUGAAGAAGUUCAAAUGCAAUCGCAGAUUACAGAAAAAUGAAAUUAAGCGUUCGUUUGAUUUGAAAUAUAUUAAAAAGCCAAACUGUCAUCUUUUAAAUGCAGCGAAGAUUGUAGAAACAUCGUCUAAAAGUCAGGAGAAGGUUCUCACUGGCAAUAAAAGAGCGGAUAAUAUUAUUCGUUUAAAUGGUGACUAUCAACUGGAAGUGGCUCGGAUUCUCGAAUUUAAUAGUACUACUUUUGAUCUACUUGAGAAGUGGCCACUGUCACAACACAGUGACGAUGUGAAGGAUAGAAAUAAUAUGAGCCUUUUGAUUGACCUAAUACCCUCUACAAGCAUCGCCGUAACUUUAGCAGAAGCGCAGAAAGUCUGUGAGGGAAUCAAAAAAAUACAGCGCAUUAAGAAAAAUAGGAUGCGAGCCCUUGAGCGAGCCAAUAAAUCAGCUAGGGAGUUGCUACAUAAUACUCGCAAAGUCCAAAAGCCUUCGAAAGUCCACUCUCCUGCAGUUGAUUUUUCCUACUCGCCUUCAAAUGGACCAGUUGAAACUCAAAAUACUUCCAACAAAUCUCUUAACGAUCGGUGCAGCGUGAUAAAUCAUUAUGGACACUAUAAUGAAAUUCACUACUUGUCAGCUGACAGUGCUUUUGGGAAAUCAAGAGAGUGCGAGCACUGCCUGUGCUCAAAAACACCAGAGUGGCGAAAGGGGCCACGUGCAGAUAGAAGCCUUUGUAAUGCAUGUGGAUUGUUUUACAAAAAGCUGACUAGAAAGUUUGGGGUCGAUUCCGCUAAUAUAAUUCUGCAAUAUAGAAAGUCUACGGGAAAUUUGGAUCGAAGAGUGCCAAAAACCUAUGAUGUUCCCGCUAAUUAUCGAGGAGAUGAUAGCGCAUUCAAAUGA